UUUCAAUUUCAACGUUACUUUUUACAUUUAGUAACUUUCGUUAUUUCCGUUACUUCCUUUUUUGACAUUACGUUAGUUACACUGCAAUUUUUCACAGGGGCGUUACUUCCGUUAAUCACUGACUGUUACCUCAGAUACUAACUUUCUUGGAACGUUCCUUUUGUUUCGCGUCUAUUUUUCAGGAACGUUACUUUCGUUAGUCGUCAACUGUUCUGAAGCUUUACUUUCGUUACACUUCACGUGAUCAGGACAGUUGCCUAAAUAUUCUGGGUUUGUCGGUUUAACUGAAGUGCGCGGCCUGGGAUCUGUAACGUCAUACAAUCAUCAUCGUCAUGUCUUUGGAAACGACCAGUUCUACGACCAAGUACUCCGUCAAGUCGGUCAAGUUCGUCACUGACCGCAGAGAGUCGGAAACGGACGCUGAUACCGAGGAAGAUUUUUAUUCAGUCGAUGGUGACAUAGAUGAUGAGCAGGGGGAGAUGGAGAGCGCCACCUUCGGCCAGGGGAGACUGGGUGUCCUUGAGGCGCUUGCUGUCCAGCAGUCCAAGGUCAAGGACAUCAUGAAGUUCCAGGGAGACAUCGAGUCUGUGCUGAGGGCGGAGAACUUGUCCGGCGAAUUCGACAACAGAGCCGUGCAUUUGGUCAACACCAGUGACGUCACCAAACAGCGAGGAGGACCCACACAGUCCAACGAGAGUCUUGCAAGGACAGCCCAGGAUGUGCUGGCCGCAUACCUCCAGUGGCAGACAAAGAUCGACUACCUGUUUGAGCGUGCCAAGGAGGUGGUGCCUGUACCCAUGAGGAUCACAGAGAUCACUGACCCCAGGCCAGUCAUCGCCCUCACAGAUUUCAACACCAGCGAGAUUGAUUUCAUUGAAGGCGAAACAUUGACCUUGUUGGACAAUUCUGACAGGAAGAAGUGGAAGGUGAAGAACAUCAAAGGAGAUGUCGGCAUGGUACCGGCUGUGAUCCUUCUUAUCCCGUCACCCUCGGGACCUGCCCUGGAUGCAGCCAUAAGCGUCACCAACUGGCUCCAGAAACGGGGAUGAGUUCUCCUCGUCUGUUGUUGUCCAGGUGAAAACUCUGGAAGAUUUGCUGAAAAAGUACAAGGAUUUCUGGACCUUCUGGGAAACGUUCAAGUGUGUGGCCGAGAUGCUGAAACAGCCCAAGUUUAUGUUGGUCUGUGACAAGUGGGAGCAACUCCGGUUCAUUACCUCAGCACAUUUUGUCAAGUUCUGGGACACUCAGCUCGACCUGGCUAAGGAGGACAUCACCAAGUCCCAGGCCUCACUGGUCAUGUAUGAGACUCCCUCAGAGGAGAUGCCAGUGACCAGUGAAGUGACCAUUGAGGAGGAGAAGGAGGAGACCACUACAGACACUGUGAUGUCGACCCUUGAGGAAGAGCAGCACACGUUCAUCAUCAAGGGUGUCCUUGACCCCCGUGACGAGAAGACUCAGCUGACCUUGCAGAAUGCCAUCAUGCUUGGCAUUGUGGACCAGACAAAGAAUGAAUAUGUUAACCCCAACACUGGAGUGGCCAUGUCUAUGACGGAUGCAAUGAACGAGGGCAGGGUCAUGAUGGAAAUUGUCAGCAGAAAGAAGAUUAGGGAAGAAAAGAAUUCGUACGGUCUCAUCACCAUCAAGAUCACAAAGGAGUCACGACCCUACACAAUCACAGGUGUCCUUGACCCAACAUCAGACGAGAAGUUGACCGUUACUCAGGCAGCAGAGAGGAAUAUUCUGGAUCUCCACAGCUCCACCUACAGAACUGAGCAUGGGGAGAAGCUCCAGAUUGCUGACGCCAUCCACUCUGGUCUGGUGCUGGUGGAAUAUCACGAGGGAGAAGCUCACCACAAACCUGAAGUUGUCACAAAGACCUACGCUGUGCACGGUGUAGUGGAUACCAGGAAAAAGAAGAAGGUCUCCUUCUCUGACGCUGUGCGUGACGGUCUCCUGGACAAGGACACCGGAGAGUACGUGAACAAUGUGACUGGUGUCCACGUAGGUGUACAUGAUGCCAUCAUGAAGGGCUUCAUCAAGGCCAGGAUCGUGGCUGACCCCAGCAAGCUGGAGAUCAACCCAGAGAACAAGAUUGUUGUGGAGAAGCUGUCCAGUGCCCGGAACAAAUUGCUGCGGUCCGUCAAGGCUAUCAAAGCAUUCCAGUCGAUGGGAAAAUAAAUUUAUCAUCGGAAAUUAAGUCUUCAACAUUGUAGUUAUGAUUCAACUGGGUUUUUAGAAUUUUUGUUCAAUAAAAAGGAAUACAUUUCAGAAAUGUGUCUGUACAUUUUGAAACCGACGCAAAUUUGACAGUGUUGGAACUUCUCAGCCAUUCCAAUGUUAUUGGGUAAAUUCACAAUGAAACUGCAUUUCUACCGUUAAUUUUGAAAUAAUGUAAGUCAACGUAUUUUUUAACAGUACAUUUUUGUUUUAACUAUUCAUACUUCAUACUUAUACAUAUUAUACAUAAUAAUUGUGUACUAGCUUGUUAUCCAUUCUAGUUUAGUUUCGAAUCAGAUCACCGCCUCAAUACGGUGCUAACGUGAUUACACAUGAGAUUCCUUGUAUCAUAUGAGUUUUUCAAUAUUCUAUUUCAAUUUAAUUAUAUUUUUAUAUAUACAUGAUUAUUACUUCUAUGUGAAAGGUUUUAGUUCUUGUGAUAGACAAGCUUUGGGGGAUUCAAAUUAAGUGAACUAUCGGUAUACAGCUUGAUGGAGAUUUGUAAUCUAAUUUAUGUUACAGAUCUUCAACCAAAUGUUUAUUUCACCAUUGUGAUUGUUGGCACAUCAAUUUUUUAGACAGUUUCAGAAUCAAUUCCUAUUGGUCUAUACUGUACAUAAUCAGAAGCCAUCACGAAUUAUCACAUAGAUUUUCUAAUCAAAACAUUUGAUUUCAUGUGUACAAACUUUCCCUGCAUGCUUUCGGAAAACUGUGGAAAGUAAAUGGGGAGGGGGGAUAAAGGAAAUAACACCACUCAAUUACCAUGAACAAAUAAGAUUCUAGCAUAGUGCAUAUAAGUUCCCUCACUGCACUGAAAUUGCCUAUGUGCUUUAUUAAACAAUUACUAUUUUUGGAACAGCUCCUUGGAUUUGAUCAGACUUCAGACUAUACAUAUCUCAAUUUCUCUUGGAAUUUGUUUUCUGUCUAUUUCCACCAGCCUUGGUCACAUCAAAGUUUUGAUCAAGUAAAUUGAUGCCGCAACUGACAAAAAGAUCCUGAGUGCUACUUCUUUGCUAUAUCCUGAUUGCUACCAAAUGUUUCUGUCUAGGGGUACAAUACACGGACCAAAUAAUUUUAAAUCACACUAAAACUAUUUUCAAUAAAAAGAGAUUAACUCUGACAUUUUGGACCUUGGGACUUUUCAGAUUUCUCCUGGGACCUAGAUGUCUGACAUUGGGAAAAGAUCACCAAAUUAUGCCUCCUGAAAUCAUUCUAAAUGAAUAAUUAUUCUAAAAAUAACCUCCACAUGUAUAGAGAUGCAGUUCUCAAUUUUGAUAUCCCCAAAGUUGUUUCCAAUUCAGCAUUUGGCUUGCCUUUCUGAAUCAAUUACUUCUGUGAUCUCUCUCACAGCUCUUUCUCAGCACAUAUACCAUAUUCCACCCCUUGUCUAAUUCCUCAUUCUUGGUUGUGAUUUCCUUUCACGUUUUACAUAUUUAUAUCUGUUGAGAUAUGUUACGUGAAUUGUAUAUUCUAUUAAUUUCAUCAAAAUAUUUAUCAUAUUUUUAACGACAUUCCGUUUGAGAAUCUUGCAAAGGAAAAACAUUCCAGCCGCAGUUGUUUUGUUUCGUUUCGGUGGAUAAGUGUCCCCUGUCUCAUUUGUAUUGGGUAUUAUUUUUUAUCCGCAAAACAAUUAAGAACUCAGUGGGAAUGCUAUUUACCUUUGAAAAGUGCAAGUGUAAGGUAUAAGCGUAAUAUGGAAAGAAAGAGUAUGCAAAGUGUGUGUAUAUGUCUCAUAAGUCUGUGUGUGAAAUAAACGUGAAAUAAAGAAGUUAGAAAGGGAGAAGAUAAAGGGUAAGAAGUUCUUUGAGUUGUCCUGUUCUCUUUUCCUACAACUGAUGCUCAUUGCUACAUUUUACUUGUGCGUUUGUGUUUGAUUUCAGUUAGUUUAUUUUGAUGAUGACAUUAUACUCCACAACAUGAUAUGUAUUUUUUCAUUGUACCUCUUCUUUGAAUACUAUGGAAGAGCGAGAUCUGUUAAUGUACAAAUACCACUCUGGUUAUAUAUAUUGCAUUUCUUGUAUGAGAAAAUAUAAAUAGAACUUUAUGAAUUUUUAGCUUACUGUUACUUCCUGUUGCUGUGUCUUAUUCAUACCCUGAUAUAAUACACCUUUUCUUUCAGAUGCUCCGGGUUGUUUUUUAAGGCUCUUUUAUUGUUUUCAUUAUGCAAAUUACAAUAAGGAGCAGUGCCCUCUCUCAAACUACUUUUACAGAUCAAAUAAAAGUUACUAAAAUUCCUUGACAAAAC